CGAAGGCCGUAAAGCGACGCGGGCUACCUUUACGGCUGGUGCAGAAGAGAAGGUGGGCUUGAGGGGCCGCGUGCAAGAGCAAGGAGGGACGAGUCGGGAGCUAGUGGGUGCCAGCCCCCGCCCUCCCAGGCCCUCGCUCCGCCCGGUCGCGCGGGGACCCAGCGCCCCAGGAUGUUUAAGAAAUUUGAUGAAAAGGAGAAUGUAUCCAACUGCAUCCAGUUAAAAACAUCUGUUAUUAAAGGCAUUAAGAACCAACUGAUAGAUCAGUUUCCUGGUAUUGAGCCAUGGCUAAACCAAAUUAUGCCAAAGAAAGACCCUGUCAAGAUAGUACGAUGUCAUGAACAUAUAGAAAUCCUUACAGUAAAUGGAGAAUUGCUGUUCUUCAGGCAAAGGGAAGGGCCUUUUUAUCCUACACUGAGAUUACUUCAUAAAUAUCCAUUCAUUCUACCACAUCAACAGGUUGAUAAAGGAGCCAUUAAAUUUGUACUUAGCGGAGCAAAUAUAAUGUGUCCUGGUCUGACGUCUCCUGGAGCAAAACUUUACCCUGCUGCUGCAGAUACAAUUGUAGCAAUAAUGGCCGAAGGAAAGCAACAUGCGCUGUGUGUUGGAGUCAUGAAGAUGUCAGCAGACGACAUUGAGAAAGUCAACAAAGGAAUUGGCAUUGAAAAUAUCCACUAUUUAAAUGAUGGGCUGUGGCACAUGAAGACAUACAAGUGAAGCAGCAGAACAUGCGCAGCACAUGAGGAAUGCACUUCCAGUAAACAUGGACUACUUUGUAAUUCUUGUUUUUAACGUGUGACUGAAUGUACAAAUUUAUUUUGUCCUGUGACUACACUAAAUAAAUCAAGUGAAUGCUCA